UGUAAACGACCACUAUUGGUUUAUGAAGUGACCGAUACAGCCAAUCAGAUCGAGCCUUCUAACAUGCAGAAAAAACUGAAGUUGUUGUGCUAUUUCCUCGACCGGUAACGUCUGAGUGCGCCAUGGAGAGUUCGUCAGUGUACAUGUGCUUCCCCUGCUACCAGGAGUUCAACACACUAGAAGAGGUACUCGAGCACCAGUUGACUUGCACUGCCGAGGAUGAACCGCCAGAAACAUCUGGAACCACCCCCAUCACUGUUCCACUUCUACAGAGUCGGCAACAGGUAAUAAAUAUAUCAAGGACAAUUGCAGCCCCACAGAUUCAAAUCCAAACAGAACACCCCUCGGUGCAGCCAGUGAAGAAUGUUCUCAAGCAGGCUGCGGUCAGUGCAAAUGUGACAUCAGACCAGCCCAGAAUCCUCUACCAGUGUGGGGACUGUGAUGAACUUUUCAAGACCCUGGACCUUUGGCAGCAGCACCGUAAAGAAGAGACAUGUCAGCAGUCUGCUGGCAAGUCGAAACCUUCAACUGAAGGUGCACAGCCUGACCCAGAAGCAUCACAACAUGAGCCUGAAGCAUCACAGCCUGAGCCAGAAGGGUCACAACCUGAGCCAGGAGGUUCACAACCUGAGCUGGAAGUGGCUUCAGCUCAGAGCUCCAAUGCGACUUUAAAUCCAGAUGAUUCUUCUGUCUCGAACAGUGAAAUCAGGGAAAACAUUAAACCAGAACCAGAGGAGGAUCCCAUAACAGAAGAAGAGGGGCAGCAAGUUGAAGAGACCUCUUCAGCUCAGAGCUCCGAACCUCUUGUUACUGAGGCAGCCGCCUCGACUUCAAUUCAAGAGGAUUCUUCUCCCAGGAGGAGAGGGGCCAACAAAAAGCCUAAGCCAGAACCAGUGCUCCUGUGUGUGGACUGUGGCUCAUGCUUUGGCCUGGUGUCUGAACUAGUGGCCCACCGCAAGACCCAACACGGCUUUGAGGAAGCUCUACACCGCUGCUCUGUGUGUGGGGAGAGCUUCCUAAACACAACCCUUUUUCUUUACCACCGCAAGCAACACCGGCAGAAAGGCGAGGAAAGGGUGGAAGUGGUUCCUGAAGAGACAUCAGAGGAAGUUUGUGUUCGAAGCAACGGGACAGAAGAGCAGGGCCUGGACGCCACUCCCUCCACCAUGAGUGUCACCUCCAGUUUCACACAGCCUGAGUUGUUCAUGUGCACUCAGUGUGGAGAGAGCUUCAGUGAGGAGGAAGGACUGGUCUCCCAUCGUAAGCAGAAGCAUGACCUGAAGGAGCCGCUACACAGUUGCCCCCAUUGUGGCGAGAGCUUCAUGAACACCACCCAGUACCUGUACCAUCGCCGCCAGCACCGUUUCAUGUCAGAGACAGAGGUGGUGGAUGGAGCUGAAACUGGUGAUGAGACUACUAAACCUCAAGAUGCUGCACAGAGCUCAAAGCGGCUGCUUUCUCCAUCUGCCUCUGCUGGUGAAUCAGGUUCACCCCUUGCUAAGAGAAGUAGGCCCUCUAUCAGGAUCCUGAGCGGUGUUAGUGCGCUUAAAGGAAAUAAGGGCACAGAAUCAGACGGUAGCACUGCAGCAGACUCGGACAACACCAACCACCCUCCACCUGCCAAACUGCUGCAGGACUGGGCCCGGACACCACUACCACAUGUUUGCCCCUACUGUGGCAAAACCUUCACCCGACGCGUCUUCCUUCGCACCCACGUCUACAGCCACACUGGAGAGAAGCUCUUCACGUGCAAGGUCUGCACCAAGUCCUUCACUAACUCCCAGAGCCUGCUGCGCCACAGCAUGAGCCACACGGGCAACAAGCCCUUUGGCUGCCAUGACUGUGGCAAAAACUUCUCCCAGGCAGCCACCCUGAAGAGACACCAACGCAUUCACUCAUCAACAGAGCCGCGGCGCAAACGCGGACGCAAACCGGUGUGUACUCUGGACAAUGAGGGAGCUGCUCAUCUCUUCGCUUGUCCUCACUGCCCGUCGCGGUUCAACACCGAGGAUCAGCUUGAACAUCACAAACUGCUCCACACCAGCCAUCCAUUCCCUUGCCCCGAAUGUGGAGAGGCCUUCAAACGCAGGAAAGACCUGGAUUUGCACUCGCUCACUCACCAAGACAAGCAGCCAGCGACGUGUCUUCACUGUUCAUCCCAGUUUGUGAACCAGUCUGUGCUGGAAAUCCACAUGCAGCGUUGCCCUACCACAGAGGAGGAGAAGAACACUGGUCGUGGACGGGGUCAAGGCCGGGGACGAUGCACAGGACAGAUUGAGUGUGACCUAUGUGGCCACCGUUGCAUGACCCAGGAGGGCCUCGACCUCCAUCGGUUAUCCCACACAGGCCAGACGCCUCUCAAAUGCCCAGUAAGGCCUUGCCGCCGCCGCUUUACCUGCAACAGUUCCCUGGAGGAGCAUGUGCUGGCCCAUUUCCAAGGAACGCUCGGCAAGUCCAAAAACCGACCCCGCUUCCGCUGUCAGAUUUGCCACAAGGAAUUUGCCUACAAUUCCACCUUCAGCGUUCACAUGAGGACACAUACUGAUGAGAGGCCCUUUGAGUGCACCACAUGUGGCAAGCGCUUCCGCCAGCUGCCCCAUCUGCAGGACCAUGAGCGCAUCCACAGCGGCCUGCGGCCUUUCUGCUGCUGGAUUUGCGGCAAGAGUUUCAGUGUGGCCGCCCGGCUCACCGAGCACGCCCGCACCCACAGCGGGGAGAAGCCCUACCCUUGUCCCCACUGCCCUGCUGCCUUCCGCUCCCGCUCCAACCUGGAUAAACACAUCCGGCUUCACGGAGACCUUCCUGUGGACAACGCUGAGCAGGCAGCACAAGCAGCGGAGGCUGCCCAUGUCCAGAAGGUGCUGGAGGGGGCCAAGGUGCUGUCGUCUCUGGCCUCCACAGGGGAGAUUGACUCUGGCCAAGUGCAGACCAUCUAUGUUCUGCAGGGGGGCGAAGGAGGUACUGAGACGGUCAUGAUCCCGUCUGAUCAGCUCAGUGGCCUAGACGGCACCUCACAGGUCGUCAUCCUGCCCUCUUCCGUUCUGGGAGCUCAGGGCAUUACUGUCCCCACGAUCACCAUGGAUGGUAAUGAAAUCACCAUGGUGGAGACGAGCCAGUCACCGCAGCAUGCCAUCGAGUUCAUUGUGGAGGAGACUGUAUAAAUGGGAGAUUAAAAACUGAUGUGAAAAGGACAACAUGGUAGAGAAAGGCUGGAGGAUUAGUUUGAGAAUAUAGACUGUUGGAGUUAAGUUUGAUAAUUGAAGCAUAUGGAGUUAUUGCCCUGUAUGUACAUAGUUUGAUAGGUUACUAAGCCAGUGUAAACAUAAGUCCCACCCUGUGUAGUAAUAUCAUUUUCCAACUUUUCUUGAUCAGAAAAAUUAACAUUGAUAAUUGUAAAACUAAUGAAUCAAAUGUUCAUUCAUAGAUGAAACGCUCAGCAGAACAGAAUGUACCUUAAACGGGUCUUUCAAACUGAUUGAAAAACAGAUUGUAAAAUUGGCCCUCGAUUGUAUACAGACGUGUAUUUACUGCCCCUGUUUAUUAGAGGAAGACAAGUGGUGGCCCAUGAAACGUCUUCGCUUUCUUUAUAAUAAAACGCUUCAGCUUUCACUCUUGUGAGCGUCCAUCAAUUUAUAAGGUGGAUGACGCGAGGGCAUUGCCCCCAUCCCGUCAGAUGGGAUGGACUUUACACGUCCUGCUGUAAAUGCCACUUUUGCCUUUUGACAAACAGUGUGUGAGGUUUUCUGCUGAGAAAUAUACAGACCCACUCAGCACGAGUCAGCGUGUAGCUUUUCAAACCGCUCUGUUUCUCUGCUUCUGUGACGCGCACCCUAAUGUUAGUGUUUGAAUAGUAGAUCAAGCUUAAUGUUCCAAUAAUUUGUAGGACAUUAUGUUAUUGAUUGCUUUUGUGCUGUAAUUAAAUACAAUGAUAACGGGAAUGUAGCAAGAUUUAUGAUGAUUUAGCUGAAGUACAGCAUUAUGCAGUGGGAAGUAGUGCAAUGAAAUUAUCCAGCACUUGCUGUAUAGUUACCAAAAAUAAUGAUCCUAUUUGUGUCUAAAUGGGAAGAGGCAUAAUAUGAUAUAAGUUUUGCCAGCGCUGCAGUAGCCCAUUAUAGGCUUCUAAAGCACAGUUUAUGGCUGUCUCCCACCCAGUGAUUGCUGACAGGGGGGUUUGAAACCACACACACGCAGAGGCACUCAGUCUUAGUUUGUUUUCAUGUCAUGGAGGGAGAAAUGCUGAUGAUUGUGCGGGGAACUGAAAUGGGGAAAUGGCAGCAUUUCUGCAGAGUGAGAAGCAUAUCAGGAAAGAGAGGGCUCCUGAGGAGCGAAAAGAAGCCAGUGCCAAGAAUCUUGCUGCUCUUCAGUGCUUUUCUGAGAGAGUCAACAGGCAACCAGUCGAUAAAUACAUGCUUUUUUUCCUCCUUCCCAGCAAAUCUUGAGAGCUGAUAUUCUGGUGGAGUGCCGUUUAUCAUACCUGCUGCCAAACAUUGAAACUGAAAACACAUUCAACAAACACAGAUGUGUAAUGAAAUUGUUGACGCUGGAGGUGAAAUCAUGAGACCCUUGUGCUCUAGGGAAGCAGCCUGACUGAAGUAUAAUGGUCUAUUUGCUUUAGAGUACAUUGUCUGACUGUUUAUUCCUUAGCUUUGACUUAAUGUUGUGGUUCUGCUUUUUGUUUUGGGUCAUUGAUGAGCACUGAUGAACAACGGAUUUUUCCCACAGUGAUUCAAAAAACAGAUUUCAAUAUACUUUAAAUUAUAUUGACUCUGUCGAUGCA